AUGAAGAAGACGGAUGAAAUUUUAAAAAGGGGUAUAGCGCCAGGUAUUAUGGCGUUAUACCUGCGCCGUGUCAGCUUUUUCUGUAUAGCGCCAGAUUCUGCUAUUGCUGUAUUCUGUACUAUGGGUAGUUUAGAGGAUAACGCUCAAUCUUCGAGUACUACACACGGUUUUGUUCCAUUUACCCUAGAUCCCUCGCAUCCCUUCUAUAUCCAUCCAUCUGAUAAUCCUGGUAGUCAAUUAGUGUCGGUACGGUUCAAUGGGUGUGGUUUUGCUCUUUGGCGUAGUAGUAUGCUUACUUCUCUUUCUGCAAAGAAUAAGCUCAGUAUGUUGGAUAGGAGAGUUCCACAACCCUCUCCUGAAUCACCUUAUUUCCCAUAUUGGGAACGAUGUAAUGAUAUGGUCAAAGCCUGGAUAACGAAUUAUGUAUCCAGAGAGAUAGUCACCGGUGUUAUGUGUUUUAAGACUGCCAAGGAAGUUUGGAAAGAUAUUAAUGAGAGAUUUGGCCAGUCGAAUGGGUCUAAGUACAUCCAAAUCCAGAGGGACAUCAGCUCAACUACUCAGGGUUCAUCUGAUAUAGCCUCCUACUUCACAAAAAUGAGGAGUUUAUGGGAUGAAUUAAACUCCUCCUAUGUAGGGCCUGUUUGCUCAUGUGGGGCUCUACCAAGUUCAUUGAAGAUCAACAAUUUUAAAAAUGCCAUUAUGUUGAUGAACCCACUUCCACCCAUCAGUAAAGCCUAUUCUCUUCUGCAACAAGAUGAAAGCCAAAAAGAAGCCCAAUCUCCUGCACCAAAUUUCUCUGGUGAUACAGCCUCUUUCCUAGUAUCUCCUGCAUCUUCCAACACUAAUAGGAAUUUUACUCAGAAAAUCAACUUUGAGACUAGAAAGGGUACUACAUCUCUUACUUGCAAGUAUUGUAAGAAACCGGGUCACAGUGUGAAUAAAUAUUACAAACUCCAUGGUUUUCCGCCAGACUUCAAAUUUACCAGAAACAAAAAGUUUGCUUCAUGUGUUCAAGCUGAGAAUGCAACUAUUACCCUUACAAACUCUCUUCCACAGACUUCUAGCUCCUCAGCACAUGGAUUCACCAAGGAACAAUACCAACAUCUUCUGACAAUGUUUCAACAAGCACAAAUGGCAGUUGGUCACACUUCUGAAGCUGCAACUGUGGACAACUCUGCCUUUGCUCACUUUGCAGGUUUGUUUAGUAGAUAUGCUGUAGCUUCUGUUGAUUCUCAUACAUGUGCAUCAUCACAAUUAGGUGUAAACCCUUGGAUUCUAGAUACUGGUGCAACUAAUCACAUGACACCAUAUAAGCACCUUCUAUUCAAUGUACAACCUUUGAUUAAACCUUUUCUAGUAACUCUACCUAAUGGAUAUAAAGCUAAAGUUAUAUCAACUGCAUUGCAUCUUAGGAAUGAUAUAAUUUUACUGAAUGUCCUUCUUGGCCCUUCUCUGAAGAGGCCACUGGAAAUUGGUAGAGCUGCUGGCAGGCUCUACUAUCUCUAUCCAGAUGCAGAUCUAUUCCCUACUUCCUCCAAUUCUAUGUCUCAUUGUUCUCCUUGUAAUAGUUUACCUGUUUCUAAUUCUGAUACUAGUGUUUCUACUUGUAAUAACUCUUCUACACUUGUUUCUUUACCAGUAUGUUCUGAUAAGUCCAAUCAACUUGCUCAUCCUGUUGUCAAUGUUUCAACUUCAUUUGUCAACAUGGUUAAGGUACAAUUCCAGUCAUCUGUUCAAGCUUUUAGAUCUGAUAAUGCUUUUGAACUUGGUAGUAGUUCUGAGGCCAUUAUUUUUUUCUCUAGCCAAGGAAUCAUACAUCAAACCACUAUACCUCACACUCCUCAACAGAAUGGAGUUGUGGAAAAAAACACAAACAUCUAUUAG